ACAAUGGAAGAAAACUAUUAGAAAAGACCUGAGACGGGGAUGAAUCCAGUCCAGCAUGAAAAAAUCUGCACCAGGUUUGAAAAAUCACCCCAUCCUCCCAUGUAAGAUGCUUAGAAGCUUUUUGAAUCUAAGUCCCUGUAUUUUCCAGCGAAGUAGCUGUAAGAGGGGUAGAGGCAGGGAUGGCAUCCAGAGACUCUGGGGCACCGUCUCCUUUCUGAGUCAGACAAAGGUCACAAGCGGACUUGGACGAGACCACCGGCAACACAUCAGAGUCCUCUGAAUGAGACCAUGGCGCUUAUGAAAAUGAACUACUUUCUCAUCUUCUACCUCAGUUUCUCACUGCUCACCUACAUAAAAAAUUCCUUUUGCAAUAAAAAUGACACCAGGUGCCUCUCAAAUUCUUGCCCAAACAAUUCAACAUGCGAUGAUUCUUCAAAAGACAACAAUUGCCAUUGUUCAGAUGCAGCCAUUCAUGUGGACAAAGACUGUGACAACAUGAGGAAUCCAUGCUUCUCCAAUCCUUGUCAAGGAAAUGCCACUUGUGUGAACAACCCAGGAGAAAGGAGCUUUCUCUGCAAAUGUCCCCCUGGUUUUAGUGGGACAACCUGUGAAACCGCCAUUGUUUACUGCGGCAUAAACCCCUGUCAACACGGAGGUAUUUGCCAUCAGGACCCUGUACAUCCUAUCUGCGUCUGCCCUGAUGGAUAUUUUGGAAGAUUCUGUGAAAACGAUCUUGAUGAGUGUGCUUCCAGCCCCUGCCACAAUGGGGCCAUGUGCCAGGAUGGAAUCAAUGGCUAUUCCUGCUUCUGUGUCCCAGGAUAUCAAGGCAGGCUCUGUGACCUGGAAGUGGAUGAAUGUGUCUCAGAUCCCUGUAAGAAUGAAGCUACAUGCCUCAAUGAGAUAGGAAGAUACACUUGUAUCUGUCCCCGUGAUUAUUCCGGUGUGAACUGUGAAGUGGAAGUUGAUGAAUGUCAGUCCCAGCCCUGCCGAAACGGUGCCACUUGUCGGGAUGCUCUGGAGGCUUAUUUCUGUGACUGCAGCCCUGGAUUCCUAGGUUAUGACUGUGAGCUCAACGCUGAUGAAUGCGCCAGUCAGCCCUGCCUCCAUGGAGGGCUGUGUGUAGAUGGGUACAACAGCUAUAGCUGUAACUGCACGGGUAGUGGAUUCACAGGGACACAUUGUGAGACCCUGAUGCCUCUAUGUUGGUCAGAACCCUGUCAUAAUAAUGCUACAUGUGAGGACAGUGCUGACAAUUACACUUGUCACUGCUGGCCUGGAUACACAGGUGCCCAAUGUGAGACUUACAUCAACGAGUGCAACGGGAACCCCUGCCAAUCUGGUGGGACAUGCAUAGAGCUGUCCCCAGAGAAACCAUAUGGACACCUUGCUCAGCUGCCUUCUUCGUUCAGUGACCCUGAAGCCUCAGGUUAUGUUUGUAUCUGUCCACCUGGACUCACAGGAAUCCACUGUGAAGAAGACAUUGAUGAAUGCUCUUCAAACCCUUGCCAAAAUGGUGGUACUUGUGAGAACUUGUCUGGCCAUUAUACUUGCCGUUGCCCAUUUGAUAACCACUCGGGAACAUUUUAUGGAGGAAAGAACUGUUCUGAUGUUCUCCUGGGCUGUACCCGCCACCAAUGUCUGAAUAAUGGAAUGUGCAUCCCUCACUUCCAAAAUGGCCAGCAUGGAUUCAGCUGCCUAUGUCCCUCCGGCUAUACUGGGCCAUUGUGUGAACUUGUCACCACGCUUUCUUUUGAGGGCAAUGGCUUCCUGUGGAUCACAAGUGGCCCAGCCACAGGCAAGGGCUUGGUUUGCAACAUGGCCCUCAGCUUUCUGACUGUUCAGCCAAUGGCACUUCUACUUUUCCGAGGCAACCGGGCCAUGUUUAUAAUGCUGGAGUUGCGAGGUGGCUACAUUCACUUAUCAAUUCAAGUCAAUAAUCAGUCAAAGGUGCUCCUGUAUAUUUCCCACGACACCAGUGACGGAGCAUGGCAUUCGGUGGAGGUGACAUUUGCAGAGGCUGUGACCCUUACUUUACUUGACAACACUUGUAAGGAGAAAUGCAUCACCCAAGCUCCUUCUCCAUUUGAAAGUCAUCGGUCAAUAUGUGCUUUUCAAAACUCCUUUUUGGGUGGCUUACCAGGAGGAAUGACCUCCUAUGGUAUUGCUCUGCUUAACAUCUAUAAUCUACCAUCCACACCUUCGUUUGUAGGCUGUCUCCAAGACGUUAAGAUUGAUUCGAAUCACAUCACUCUGGAGGACAUUUCAUCCAGCUCGUCUUUAAAUGUCAAGGCCGGCUGUGAGAGAAAAGAUUGGUGUGAAAGACAACCUUGUCAAAACAGAGGACGCUGCAUCAACUUGUGGCUUAAUUACCAAUGUGAUUGCUACAGGCCCUACGAAGGCCCGAACUGCCUGAGAGAGUAUGUGGCAGGCAGAUUUGGCCAGGAUGACUCCACUGGAUUUGCUGCUUUUAAUCUUGACAAGAGUUAUGAAGAGAACGUCACCAUCUCUAUGUUUGUUAGAACACAUCGACCGUCAGGCUUACUUCUAGCUUUGGAAAAUAAGACUUACCAAUACAUCUGUGUUUGGCUAGAGCAUGGCCGAUUAGCAAUGCUUCAUCCAGGUUCUUCCAAGUUAGUAGCAAAAUUCGUUCUUAGUGAUGGUAAUGUACACUUGAUAUCUUUGAAAAUCCAGCCAAAUAAAAUUGAGUUAUAUCAGUCUUCACAAAACCUAGGAUUUAUUUCUGCCCCUACAUGGAAAAUCCAAAAAGGAGAUGUCAUCUACAUCGGUGGCCUGCCUGAGAGGUCACAGACCGAAGCUAAAGGUGGCUUCUUUAAAGGCUGUAUCCAAGAUAUAAGAUUCAACAACCAAAAUCUGGAAUUCUUCCCAAAUUCAAUAAGCAAUGCAUCCCACAAUCCAACUCUUGUCAAUGUGACCCAAGGCUGUUCUGGAGACAACAUGUGCAAGUCCAACCCCUGUCACAACGGAGGUGUGUGCUAUUCCCUGUGGGAUGACUUCUCAUGUUCCUGCCCUGCAAACACAGCUGGGAAAGCCUGUGAGCAAGUCCAGUGGUGUGAGCUCAGCCCGUGUCCACCCGGAGCCCAGUGCCAGGCGGUGCCGCGAGGAUUUGAAUGUAUUGCAAAUGCUGUUUUUAAUGCACAAAGCAGUGAAAUAUUAUUCAGAAGCAAUGGGAAUAUUACCAGAGAACUCACCAAUAUCACAUUAGGUUUCAGAACAAGAGAUGCAAAUGUGAUCAUACUGCACGCGAAGAAGGAGCCUGAAUUUCUUAACAUUAGCAUUCGAGAUUCCAGAUUAUUAUUUCAACUGCAAAGUGGCAACAGUUUUUAUAUGCUGAGUCUGACAAGUUUGCAGUCAGUGAAUGAUGGCAUAUGGCACCAAGUGACUCUUUCCAUGACAGACCCACUGGCCCAGGCCUCCAGGUGGCAAAUGGAAGUGGACAACCAAGCACCUUCUGUGACCAGUGCAGUUGCCACUGGGAGCCUCAACUUUCUUAAGGAUAAUACAGACAUUUAUGUGGGUGACCGAGCUAUUGACAAUAGCCAGGGCCUGAAAGGGUGUCUAAGUACAAUAGAAAUCAGUGGCAUUUAUCUUUCUUACUUUAAUGUUCAUGGUUUCACUAAUAAACCCCAGGAAGAACAGUUUCUCAAAAUCUCUAUGAAUUCAGUGGUUAGCGGCUGUUUGCAGUUGAAUGCCUGCAACUCCAGCCCCUGUUUGCAUGGAGGAAAUUGUGAAGACAUCUACAGCUCUUAUCACUGCUCGUGUCCCUUGGGAUGGUCAGGGACACACUGUGAACUCAACAUCGAUGAAUGCUUUUCAAACCCCUGUAUCCAUGGCAACUGCUCCGACAGAGUUGCAGCCUAUCGCUGCAGGUGUGAGCCUGGAUACACCGGUGUGAACUGUGAAACGGAUAUAGACAAUUGCCAGAAUCACCAGUGUGCAAACGGAGCCACCUGCAUCAGCGACCCCAGCGGCUAUUCUUGCCACUGUUCGGGAAAUUUCACAGGAAAAUUUUGCAGACACACCAGAUUAUCCUCGACAGUCUGUGGGAACGAGAAGACGAAUCUCACUUGCUACAAUGGAGGCAACUGCUCAGAGUUCCAGGGUGAAUUAAAGUGUCUGUGCCGGCCAGGUUUUACUGGGGAGCGGUGCGACGAGGCGGCGGACGAGUGUGCGUCGGCUCCGUGUGCGCACGGCGGCCUGUGCCGGGGCCUGGGCCGCGGGUUCCAGUGCGUGUGCCCCGCGGCCUUCGCGGGCGAGCGCUGCGAGGUGCACUUGGCAGAUGACUUGAUCUCGGACGUUUUCACCACCAUUGGCUCGGUGACGACAGUCUUGUUGUUGAUCCUCUUUCUGGCCGUGGUUGCUUCUGUGGUUGCCUCCAACAAAAGGGCAACUCAGGGAACCUACAGCCCCAGCCGUCAGGAAAAGGAGGGCUCUCGAGUGGAAAUGUGGAGCAUGAGGCCACCCCCCGCCCUGGAGAGGCUGAUUUAGGAGCGUUGUCUCCUUGGGAAAGAGAUCCGCACACUGCGAAGCUGAGGACUGCACCCGACUGUCUUUCCAACGUAUCUGGACGUAGCAAUUUACAACUGGGAUUUCACAGAAACCCUGGGCAAGAUUCCUUCGGCUGCCUUAAGGACUUACGUGGUUCAACCCGACAUCGUCGUUUCAUUACAUUAGCCAACCCCAGAACAAUGUUUUCGCGCCAGUAAUUUCAGCCUCAUAAUUAGCAAAAAUACCUCCCAGAGGACAGUGUCUUCUGGGAAAGCCUCCAGUGCCUAUCAGACUUUUUGCCCCUUGCAACCUGGGGACACCUUUCUUCGUUUGCCCAUUAGCUGACAGUGUUUUUUUUUUUUUUUUUUUUUUAAUGCAAAAACUACAAAAUGCAAUUCUCACUCUUCUUAUCAUGUGGUGAAAGGUUUCAGUUGUACACCUAUGAUGAGAUGCACACUUUUGCCUUUUAAUCAUGGACUCAAGAAAGCCCUGGGAAUGAUCUAUGUUUAAAAAGUGACCCAAUGUCAACUAAUAAAAAUGGAAAUGUG